GAGGGUCUCCGUCUUACCCACCCACCUGGACCAUCCAUCCGCACACAUGAUUAUUCUGAACAGCAGCAGCAGCAGCAGCAGCCAUUGCGCCAUGACGAUAUACCUGCUCUCAAUUUACCCCCUCCACUUAUCCUACCCCAAGCAGAUUGGCAUCAGCUCGCUACUCCGCAAGGAUACAAUACGCAGUCUCAUGUACAAUUUGACCACUGGCAACGCUUUAUUUUAGGGCAAGAGCAUGCUGUUACACCUUCACAUCUUUUCCGAGAUACUCAAAGACAGCAGCAACAACAAAAGCAGCCCGAGCUACAAUCCCUUACCUAUCCAACCCUCGAUAACAUCCUGAUAAGCGGCAUGGCGCGUCACGACAACCAGCAACAGCAGACUGCUACUACAGCAACUGCAGCGGCUUCAGUGACGACAGACGAGGAACAACUGCACACUUCUGAAGCGACCGAAGACGAGCCAAGUUCUCCUACUACCACCCUGGGUAGACGCCGGCGUGAAGGUUCUGAUGAGGACGAGGUUGAUGAUCAAUCACGCGAAAGACGAGCACGGCGAGAACAAGAGUGGUUAGAGCGACGACAACGUCGAGAAGAGGAGGAACGUCGGAUAGAGCGAUCAAUCACGGCUCGGCAAGCUGAGGAAAUUGAACAGUUUUUGCGACAACCUGAAAUCUCUGCUAGGUUAGCCAAUAUGCAAGAUAACGGCAUUAUUCCUGACGAGGAGGAGGUACGAGUUGAGACUAUGUCGAGACGAUAUAAUGAGUUCAUGCAAGAGCAGCAAACAUCAGACCAACACCCUCUAUUAAUUCAACAGCGAUGUCAUGAAUACAGAGUCGAUAAUAGGAUGGAUCAACGUCUCGCUGACUUCGGUCUGAUAGCCUUGGCAAGAAUGGCUAGACAAAUUUGGAGCCACAAUGUUUUGGAAGUUAUGCAAGAUCUCGACAGCAUUGAAAGACGAAACGUCGCCAACGCACCAGCAAUUACCGCGGAAGAUAUCACUAUACGGGAAGCCACUGAACAUGAAGCAGCAGAGCAUGUUCAUAGGCUUAUUCGUACUCAACCGGGUGAUGACAUGGUCCUGAGCGGGGAAACGUUACGUCUUCGAGAUCAGCUUAUUGGAACUUUGCCUCGCCUUCAGGAAACGUUGGGUCGACAAUUGGCUGAGUGGGAGCCGAGAGUCCAACGGCAGGUUAAUGAUCUUUUUAAUGAACACGAAGAACAAGAAGAAGAAUCGGAACAGGAAUAACAACAAG